AUGACAUUCCACAAUAAUAGUGUGAUUAUACUGGAACUAGCCUACUAUUUCUCAUCUACUCUUCUUUCUGUUGCACUUUUCUUUCAUGCAAAACUAAUUCUUUUUCAACAUCAUUCAACCCCCACUCCCUUAUCAACCACACAAUUGCCAUGGACACCAACCAACAAAAUUUGAAGAAGAAAAACAUGUCUGUUAAGCUAGUAGCCCGAGGCGCCGGAGGAGGAGGUGGUGCUGGCCUUGCCGGAAUGGUUUUGCUAGGCGGAGCGCUGGCACUUGUCACAACAUUUGCAUUUAAAAGAAAACAAAAAUCGGAGAAAAAUAAGCAGGAGGAUUCAUUGAAGAAGUGCAUAGUGAAGCAGGAUCAUGAAAUUUUAGGAGGUGAAGGCCUUUCUUUUCUUGUUCAAGAUUCUCUGUCACCUCAUGCUGAUAAUCAACAGGAUCAUUCUGCCAGCAGUGGGACAGUAGCCACUCAAGACGAAGUCUGCAGAAAGAUUUUGUUGGAUGAGAACAAAGAAAUUAUUGUUGGAAACGAUGAAGAGGUGGAUAAUGAGGAAAAGGCUAGGGAUGGCGCCUCUGGCGAUGAAUCCAGUAUCAGUAAAGAGGAAUUUCUGGUUCCGGUUGAUGGUAGCUUGCUGCUCCUGAAGCCAGAGGAGGUAAAUGAGAAGAAUGAGUCACCAGAGGAAGUUGAUGAAGAAACAAUGACAGCUGAUUGCAAUCAGGUAGCUGAUGCAAAUAAUGAUUGGCAAGUUCAACAAAGAAUUGAAGGAAAUAACCAAGAACAGGUUAAGGCAUCUCAUGCCACUGAUCAGCUUGGAUUAGAUGAAAAAGCACGUAAGCAAGAGGAAGAAUGUGAUGGUAAUGGAAUGACUAUAAUUGAUAGAGGGGAAAUACUUGUUGAGGGAGGUCAGACUAAUCAACCUGUAGGAAUUUAUGAUGACUCUCAUAAGCUUGAUGAUGAAUGUGAUGGAAAUGGAGAGAGUAUCCUCGAGGAAAGGGAAGAACCAGUUGAAGCAGCUGUGGUGGAUCAGGCCAGACCAGAUGACAAACUACAUAUGAGAGGGGAAGAAUGUGAUGAUGAUGCUGGGAUCAUUACUGAGAAACAUGAAGAAUUGGUAGGGGAAGUUGUUGCUGCAGAUGAGAUAAUUUUGAGUGAAGAAUUAGAGGUCACCGCCAUGUAUGGAGAUCAAGACACUCUCUGUUCUGCUGGUACAGUACUCAUGGAAAAUAAAAUUGAAACUUGUGAUUCAAAAGAACCAGAAUUGCUGCUGCCACUGACAGACAGUUCAUCAGUCAUAAAACCUGGAGAUAAUGACCUUUCCGAGGACCAUUUAGUCGUCGAAGAUACAAAGAUAUUGAGAGGAGAUGAUGCGAAUGAGGCAGCAGUUCAAGAAGAUGAGAGCCAAGUAAAAGAUAAGGAACAAACAGAAUUGGUUGAAGCAAAUGGAGACAACAAAGAAUACUACAAGAUUUGCAAAGAAAACGGCAAUGAUAUAUCUGAGGAAGCAGAUGAGAUUUCAGUAGAAAAUGACCAACAAAUGCAACCAGGGGAGGAAUUUCAAAAGAUCCACAUCAUUGAAAAUGAGGAGAAGUAUGAUUCUGGUAAUUUUUUACCAGAGAUCAAUUCAUUUCAACAUAAUGGCUUCGAAGUACCAGAAUUCUCCUUCCCACCCCUUGACAGCCCAUCUCUUUCCAAACCUGAAAAUUUUCACAAGUAUGAUUCCGCAGAAACAACUCUACACGUGGGAGUCAUUAACCCUGUGGAAAAAGAUGGAUUAGCUGAGGAAGCCUUUGCUUGCCAGAUGAUGUUAGAAAACAAGUCCACAGCUAAGUCUGCACAAAAUGAUGAAACACAGAUCUGUGAUGACGGCGGUGACAAUGCUGCUGCCAAAGAAGAAGAAACACUUAACACGAGUCUUGUGGAUACUGCUCAGCCAACAAACUUAAGUGAAGAAGAAGAUAAUAAUGAUGACAGCAAAGAAGUGGAAGCAGUUGAGAUAACCCAAAGAGAGAACUUUGAAGUAGAAAACAAUCUGCACUUGCCACAGAAAGAUCUUGACUAUGAUAAUGAUAAUAUUGGCGGAAAAGAAACUGAAAAUGACGAAGGUGUGGAAGAUGAUUAUGAUGAAGAAGAAGAAGACAUUGACAAUAACACAGAAGAGGACGAUGUUGAGGAAAGUUCAGAAACAACAGGAGACUCCUCCCUGGACUCCACCGCAGAGGCUAUCUGGCCAGAUGAGUCGGAGCUAGAAUUUUCACAGAAAGUAAGAGAUAUGCAGGGUAAUAAGCAGCAGGACUUGAAGGAAAUUGAAGAGGAAGAUAGUGAUAGUUAUGUCAAGUUCAACAGCCAUAAGCUAGAAGAUGACGACAGAGACGGUUCUGAGAUGGCUUAUACAGGUAAGUUAUCAGCAGACACAGCAACACUAAAGCAGCCAACAAAUUUUUUCAACCUGAAGUUUUGGUUUCUGGCAUUACUGGUGCCGUUUCUGCUCCUACUCUUGCUUUCCACAUCUCAACUGAGCCACUUCGCUUCCUUCGAAUAUCAUCUGGAGUGAAUAGCUUUUGAUUUUUCAUCAGCUUAAAGAACAAUGAGCUAUUCUUUUAUAUGUACAAGUCGAAUCAAUAAUAUAACCGAGGUCGAGGUCGUUUAUCCGUAAA